AUGGCAGCGAUUUCACUGCGGCCCAUGGUGCCGUCGCUACUGGGAAGUAAUGUGGCCAGCCCACCUGAUGCAUUGAGAACGAUCCCCGCGAAUCCCCAGGUUGCAGGCCAACAUUCCCCGCGAAAAGCUUCCAAUCUCAUUGAGCCAAGAUGGCGCCAAGCAGCUAAGGCUGAAGUGGUCGUCCAAGCGUGCCCAGCUGUGGCAGCCACACUAGCCAGAGUUGCCGUUCAGGGUGGUAUCUCCUGUGAAAUCGGCCCGCCCUUGAUGCCCAGAGGCGCUAGCUAUCCCAAUCCCAUCCUGGACGCGGGGGGCCGGAGUGAAUUGGUGUGA